AUGACAACAUAUAUAGUGAAUGUUGAUGGGGUAAAUGUGAAAACCUCAGUGACAGAUGGAGCUUUCGUGGACAGCUUCAUCACCGAACUCGCACUCUCCUGCAACUACAUGAACAUCUCCAGUCCCCCACUCAUUGGCUUGGACCUCAUUAACAUGGAGGUCGUUCCUCAGUCUUUGUUCAACUUUCUCUCUGCACCUGUCUUCUGUUUUGUUGGGGUCGGGAUAGUACAUUACUCCUUAAGCUUGCUUAAAAGGUACCAUGGCCUUGAAUGCAGAAAUGUUGUGGAUCUAAUGCCAUUUCUCAAGUUGGCGGUUUUUAGUGGGCAAGUUGGUAUUGAACCCAAGCCUUUGAGCGUCCUCAUGGGGGACUGGAGUGCUGGGAAUCUUAGCAUGGAGCAAAUUGAGAGUGCUGCUUCUGAUGCAUUCACUUAUUUCGAGUUUGGCAAAUUGUUUCUCGGUUGA